AUGUCAUUCGCACUAGCACACCACUGGGUAAACUCAGCGCAGGCAACAAAUCACGCAUACGCUGACGCUGGCGUCUUCGGUGUUGCUGGAAGCGCCGAGCCCGCCAAUCUGCACUACUUGGUUCAAGUAUUGGCAUCCGAACUGCGCUAUACUGCAGAGGCGCCAAUCCUAGACGAAGAGCUUCAACGUGCCAAGAACCAGUUGAUAUCAAUGUUGCUGAUGAACUUGGAGAUGAACCCCGUUGCAUUCGAGGACAUUGCUCGGCAAGUUCUUGCCUCCAACGAAUGGAAACCACCGGCCUUUUGGGUGGAAAAAAUAAAUGCAGUGACGACUGAAGACAUACAAAAUCUAUUGACCCGCAUGUUCAAGUCACCAGUGACCCUGGUGGGCUUUGGCCGCAUGUCCAAAUGGCCAGGGUUGCGCGAUAUCCAAGAGAUGAUCGCGGCUCCUCUGCAAACGCGUGGAACCUUCCCCUCCCUCUUCAAGAGAUUUGUUUAA